UAAGCUAGCCGCGAAAAGAAAAAGCUUGGUAGUGUUACCCUCCUGUUUUUUUUAAGCACUUUUUCCUUUCUUCGUUAAAGCGCACUGAAAACGAACUAGGUGCAUAGUUAGCCUCGAGAUUUUGUCUUCUCGCGUCUGCAAGAAAAAGGACAAACGUCGGGGGCCUUUUGGGGUUUGCACGGAUCCCAAUGAUGAGUUAUGCUGAAAAGCCUGAAGACAUCACAAAAGAAGAGUGGAUGGACAAAUUAAACAAUGUGCAUAUUCAGAGGGCGGAUAUGAAUCGGCUCAUUAUGAAUUACCUGGUGACAGAGGGUUUCAAAGAGGCUGCGGAGAAGUUUCGGAUGGAGUCUGGGAUCGAGCCGAGCGUGGACCUGGACUCUCUGGAUGAAAGAAUAAAGAUUAGAGAGAUGAUCCUGAAGGGACAGAUACAGGAAGCUAUUGCACUCAUCAACAGCCUACACCCAGAGCUGCUCGACACCAAUCGAUACCUGUAUUUUCAUCUGCAGCAGCAACAUUUGAUUGAGUUAAUCAGGCUAAGGGAGACUGAGUCAGCGCUGGAGUUUGCCCAGACGCAGCUGGCCGAGCAGGGGGAGGAGAGCCGCGAGUGUCUGACAGAGAUGGAGAGAACACUAGCCCUGUUGGCCUUUGACAACCCAGAAGAUUCCCCAUUUGGAGAUCUGCUCAACAUGAUGCAGAGGCAAAAGGUGUGGAGCGAAGUGAACCAAGCUGUGCUGGACUAUGAAAACAGGGAGUCGACGCCCAAGCUGGCUAAACUCCUGAAGUUACUGCUGUGGGCACAGAACGAGCUGGACCAGAAGAAGGUGAAAUAUCCCAAAAUGACUGACCUUAGCACGGGCACCAUCGAGGAUCCCAAGUGAAUAUAAGAGACAAGAACAACCACCUUCCACGUCCCCUUAAUUUAUGAUCAGUCAGUGACUGUGUGACAACCAGGUAACAUAUAUGUAUAAACAAAUGCUACAUUGUUUUUUUUUCAUGUUUCAUUCAGGAGAGUCAAGACUUCACUCAUUGUGCAGACUGUAAAUUGCUGUAUUUGCAAAGUGACAGAAAUUAUUUAGUUUAAAUACAGAAUCCUGGAUUUUUAGAAAGAUCUAGGAGGCAACAAAAUUCAAAUUGCUGUUUUAUAUUUUGUCUUUCUAAAGCCUAAGCCAGUAAGUAGUAUUAUUUAUUGUGACAAUUGUUUCCCCCCACCGUGACAUUAUUUUGCCAGAAAGAGAGUGGAUGGUAUAAAGAAAUAAUGUUAAUACUGUGGCGUGUGUGGAGUCUAAAUAUAGGCUGCAGAGGACUGAAGAAAGUACAAUGUGCAGACACACAAUUAACCUUUUUAGUAAAGAAAUAUCGAGACUGAGAGCACUGCAGGAGUGUAGAUGUAUCUUUGUUUGAUGUUUAAAAUCUAAAUUUCUUAUCCAAAAUGUGACUAUUUUUCAAUUAAAUAUAAAGAUGAGACUUUAUUCAUGUAAUACAGUUUUAAUUCAUGUUAAUAUUUCAAAAAUAUACAUUUUUAUUUAGUAUGAUGUUUGGUGAUUUGAAAAAGAAGCGACCACACCUGAAAAUCAGAUUGUAAUUUUACAAAAAACAUGUGUUAUAAAUAUAUUCUGCUGGUCUCACGUGUGUCGUAGAGGGUGAAAAAGGUCCUGAAUGACUGGUUGAAAUCAGAGACGGAUUUCUUGAUGAGUUGAGCCCACAAAGCUUCUUCUCAGUCUACAGUAAGUGCUGCCCCCCCAACAUGCUCCAAAUGGUGAAGUUUGGUUUUAUGUUACAAAGGGGUUCAAGUUUAGAUUAAAGUCCAGCCAGUCUAAGAGAUAAAGGCAGGGAUUUAUACGCUGCUCGAGAGGAAGGGAUGCUGCAACCAAAAAAACAUGCAAAUGAAUGACGGGGCUGUCAGUUAUUGCUUCCCUCUAGUUUGAAAUCUCACAUUUAAAAUAAUCCAUUCAGACUAGAUCAGAUUCUUUAGUUCAUUAGCUUUGAAUCUGAACUAGUGUUUUGAAAAAGGGUCACAGAAACCUUCUGUCCAUUUUGCCACUUUUAAAGCUGUUAGUAUUUUCACUUUAACUGCAUGUAAGUGUAUCUUUUUUUUUCAAUGGGAAGAGGCACUUGUGCUCGUUUAUUUUGUUUAUUUUGUUUACUUUUAUAAGAAAAGAAAACUUGCUGCUAGUUGUCCAUCCUUAAUUUCUUUUAAAGGACCAGUGUAUAAUUUAGUGGCAUCUAGUGGUGAAAAUGCAGAUUGCAACCAUAUGUUUACCCCUCCUCUCAACCACCUCCCUUUCAAGCGCAAAUGAGAACCUGUGGCGGCUGCGAAAGUCCGAAAGGCCCUCUUUAGAGUCAGUGUUUGGUUUGUCCGUUCUGGGCUACUGUAGAAACAUGGCGGUGCAACAUGGCGGGCUCCGUGGAAGAGGACCUGCUCCCUCAGUAGAUACAAAGGGCUCAUUCUAAGCUAACGAAGGAUUUUUAUUUUCAGGCGAUUACACACUAAUUAAAACACACUUACAAGAAUAUUCUAAUCCAUUUCUGCCACUUGAUUCCUCUAAAUCUCACACACUGGUCCUUUAAGGUUGUAUUGUCUUUAUAGAUAUUGGCUUUGACAAAUACUGAGACCCAGAGAACUCACAUCCCUUUUAUUAUUCAACAUUUUUAAGAUCAGAUUUGCAAUUAUUAAAAUAAACAAAACUUUUGUGAAC